UGCCCACGACCAAGCAAACAAUCCAACUUGCCGAACAAGAAUGGUGACUUGUUAUUCACGUCUCUCUCACUAUCUUACUCUCGUCUCUCUCCGUCCGUCUCCCCCAUUUUCCGACCCGAAAAAUCUCAAACUUGGCUCAGAAGUCAGAUCUCUCUCACUGAGUGCCCUUAUUUGUUAUUUACGCAGCUGACGAUGGAUUCAAACCAAGCCAAGCAGCAUAACCUAGUGGGCUCUGAAUCCGCUUCGGAAAGAACUCUGUACCCAUAUGUUACUGGCUCGUCCGUUGUUGCUAUCAAAUACAAAGAUGGAAUUCUUAUGGCGGCUGAUAUGGGAGGCUCCUAUGGAUCUACCCUGCGAUACAAGAGUGUGGAGCGAUUGAAGCCUACAGGAAAACAUUCUAUUCUUGGUGCAAGUGGGGAAAUAAGUGAUUUUCAGGAGAUUUUACGUUCUCUCGAUGAGCUUAUUCUGUAUGACAACAUGUGGGAUGAUGGUAAUUCUCUGGGGCCUAAAGAGGUGCACAGCUAUUUAACCCGUAUGAUGUAUAAUAGGAGGAACAAGUUUAAUCCACUGUGGAACUCACUUAUUCUUGGUGGAGUGAAAAAUGGGCAGAAGUACCUUGGCAUGGUUAGCAUGAUAGGUGUAAAUUUUGAGGAUAAUCAUGUAGCAACUGGGUUUGGGAAUCAUCUUGCCCGGCCUAUUCUUCGUGAUGAGUGGCACGAGAACUUGAGUUUUGAAGAUGGUGUCAAGUUACUGGAGAAAUGUAUGCGUGUACUGCUAUAUCGUGACCGGUCUGCUGUCAACAAGCUUCAGAUUGCGAAGAUCACAGAAGAAGGUGUAACUAUCUCUCAGCCAUAUGCAUUGAAGACAUUCUGGGGAUUUGCUGCAUUCGAGAACCCAACCGUGGGUGCAGAGGGAUCUUGGUAGCUGCUCCCUUGCCAUGUAGAGCUGGUUGGCUUUCUCGUUUAUCAAAACUUUGUUUGGGUUAUUUGUAAUUGCUGAACUUAAAGUUGAAGAUCAUAGCCUGGACCUUCGUGUCAUUAGUAGACCAUCGUUAAAUUUGACAAAUGCCUGGUUUUGAUUUAUGUUUAGUCCCAGAUUUUUACAAGAGUUUGACUUUGAGCUGGAUGCCCCCAAUGUGUUCGUAUCUUUAAAUAUUUUUAUGCCUUAUCGUUCUCUCUUUAUGGUACCA